UUCUCCCUCGACUACAACUUCAGUCACCUGUUGCGCAGCGAGCAUGGCUUCAGUUUCGCAUAGCUCCCACCUCAACAAGGCCGUGCGGCAGCAGUACAUGAGCCUGCCGCAGGGAGAGAAGUGCCAGGUCACCUACAUCUGGAUCGAUGGCACCGGUGAGGCUCUCCGCAACAAGACCCGAACCCUGGACAGCGAGCCAAAAAGCAUAGACGAUAUUCCCGAGUGGAACUUUGAUGGCUCGAGCACGUACCAGUCCGAAGGCUCCAACAGCGACAUGUACCUCAUCCCAGUCAGCAUGUUCAGGGAUCCGUUCUCCCUCGACCCCAACAAACUGGUCCUCUGUGAGGUCCUCAAAUACAACCGCUUACCUGCAGAAACGAACCAUCGUGCGAGCUGCAGCAAAGUGAUGAAGGAGGUCAAAGAGCACUGCAUAUGGUUUGGCAUGGAGCAGGAGUACACGCUGUUAGGAAUAGACGGACAACCUUACGGUUGGCCCGUGAAUGGAUUCCCCGAACCCCAAGGACCCUUCUACUGCGGGGUGGGGGCCAACUGCGCUUAUGGACGGGACAUUGUGGAGUGCCACUACAAGGCCUGCCUCUAUGCAGGGAUUAAUAUCUUUGGCACUAAUGCUGAAGUUAUGCCAUCUCAGUGGGAGUUCCAGGUGGGAACCUGCGAGGGUAUUGAGAUGGGCGACCAACUGUGGGUCGCACGCUUCCUGCUGCAUCGCGUGAGUGAAGACUUUGGUGUCGUUGCAUCACUGGACCCCAAACCUAUGAAGGGCAGCUGGAACGGUGCUGGUUGCCACACGAACGUCAGCACCAAGCAGAUGAGAGAAGCAGAAGGACUGCAAUACAUCGAGCAGGCCAUCGAGAAGCUGAGCAAAAAACACCCCGAGCACAUCCAAGUGUACGACCCGAAUGGAGGGAAGGACAACAUUAGGCGUCUCACAGGUGCCCAUGAGACCUCCAACAUCACCGACUUCUCUGCCGGAGUGGCCAACCGAGGCGCCAGCAUCCGCAUCCCCCGCCAGGUGGGCCAGGAGAAGAGAGGCUACUUCGAGGACCGUCGGCCUUCAGCAAACUGCGACCCGUACGCUGUGACGAAGGCCAUCGCAACCACCUGCCUGCUUGAUUCAGAAGACUCAGAAGAGAGCAAGUAGAAGAAAGGUGCUCCAGAAAUGUAGGAUCACACAUCUGCCUCUCAGUUCAUCUGGGCGUUUUGUAUUGUUUUUGUUUCGGUGUCAUUUAUCUAAGUUUCGAUAUAUUUCCAUGUGCACAGACAGCAAUGUUAAUUUCCGUAGGAAUGAGAAAUUGAAGAAAUAUUUUGUACAGCAGCUCUCUCAGAACAAGAAAUGACACUUCGUUCUUUUUUUUUCUGAGCCUACAUGCAUAUUAUGCUGCAUUAAUGUGAG